GGAAGUUAGAAGUAAACUAACACAAGACAAACGCAGUCUUUCAUACACUUCACAUUUUACACGCUUCAGCCAAAACUCACUGUCUCUCUCUCUUGUUCUUCACAUGACUCGUCCUUUCAGGCUCCUUGGCGCCGCCAACUCCUCGGCCACUUCCGAGCCGUCGUCCGAUCAAUCAGCCACCGUCAACUCCGACUUCGUCGUCAUCCUCGCGGCUCUCCUAUGCGCCCUUAUUUGCGUCCUCGGUCUCAUUGCUGUCGCCCGCUGUGCCUGGCUUCGCCGAAUCUCCGGCGGUGGUUCUACCUCCAAUCCCCCAGCUACGUCCCGACCGGCGCCGCCCGCAAACAAAGGCCUCAAGAAGAAGAUCCUCAAGUCCCUCCCCAAAGACACCUUCUCAGCUGAUUUCUCCGCCAAAUUCUCCGAUUGUGCGAUCUGUCUAACGGAGUUCGUCGCCGGGGACGAAAUCCGGGUACUCCCGCGGUGCGGCCACGGUUUCCACAUCGCUUGCAUCGACACGUGGCUGGGUUCCCAUUCUUCAUGCCCUUCCUGCCGCCAAAUUCUCGUAGUCGCCAGGUGCCAAAAGUGCGGGGGUUUCCCCGGACCUGGCGCUUCAACUUCCGGAACCGACACCGAGGCUAGAUUGAAAGAGCGUGAAGAUGAUGUCAACAGGUUCUUACCUUAGCCAAAGCCAGUUACUGUGGGCUAAGGAUUCCUCGAUUUCUUUUUUCCUUCCUUUUCCAAGUUAAGUAUGGUUAGGUCAGAUUUUUCGUUAGCUAAUUUACCUCCGCCAAUUAUUACUACUAUUACCACGAGUAGCAUAUAGGCUUUGAUUUAUUUGAAUUGUAUCUAAUAGUAUUUGAUUUGCUGUAUGUAUGUAUGUAUAGUUGAACUUAUAUAUUUGUGUGUGAAAUAUAAAUAUGGGUAGAACUCAGAUUCC